UAGGCUUGGCUAGAGGUACUGGAGCAGUAUACAUACGAGAGGCAGGGGGGGGAAAGAUAGCGCGGUCAAGGCUGGGAGAGAGGUGGAGAGCACCGUCGUCGUCGCCGUCAUCGUUCGUUCGUUCGUUCGUUCGUUCACAGAGGAGUGGCGGUGUUGGCAGUGAGAGAGGGUGAGAGGAGGGAGGAAGGAAGGUUCAGGGGAGGGGAGUGAGAGACGAAAUCCAUUUAUUCCCCCGUCUAUCGGAGGCAAACCCGCGGCCUCCUUUCCCUAGCCGGCUGGAUGGAGAGGGACUUCCUGGGCGCCAUAGGCCACGAGCAGCUGCAGCAGCAGCAGCAGCAGCAGCAGCGCCAGCGCGCCGCCGCCGAGGACGACGCCGCCAGAAAGGAGUCAGCUUACUUUGGGGGAGGAGGAGUGCCGCCCAUGGAUUGGUCCUUCGCUGGCAGGGCCGGGGCCGCGCCGGCGGUCAUGUCCUUCAGGUCGGCGCCGAGGGAGGAGCAGCAGGGCGAGCUCGCCUACCCCAAGCAGCAGGCCUCCCGCGUCCUGACGCCACAGAGAUCGUUUGGUGCUGAGAGCCACGGCAGCGUGCAGUACGCCGCCGCCGCGCGUGCGGCUUACGGCGGGCAGCCUCCGCAGCAGCACCAGCAUGCUCCUAAUGGUGCUAGAGUGAUUCCAAUGUCGUCGCCGUUCAAUCCCAACAAUCCCAUGUUCAGGGUUCAGAGUUCGCCUAACCUCCCGAACGGUGUUGCUGCUGGUAGCCCAUUCAAACAACCGCCUUUCGUGAUGAACAAUGCGGUGGCUGCUUCGACUGUUGGUGUCUAUAAAUCAAGGGACACGCCGAAGCCAAAGACAGCGCAAUUAACCAUCUUCUAUGCUGGUUCUGUCAAUGUAUUCAACAACGUCUCAGCAGAAAAGGCUCAGGAGCUUAUGUUCUUGGCUAGCAGAGGAUCUCUUCCAACUGCACCCACUACUGUUACUCGCAGCCCAGAUGCAACCUUUUUCACUCCGGCUAAACUCGCCGCCCCUGAGGCUUCACCUGCAAAGCAGAUGCUAGCUCAGAUACCACAGCGUGUUUCACCUCCUUUGCCAGCCAUUUCCAAACCGAUGUCCAUCAUGUCUCAAGCUGCAUGUCUCCCCAAGAGCACAUCUAGCUCCAACACCGAUUCCGCAGUGCCAAAAUCUUCAGGCCAGUUGGUUGUGCCUCCCACAAGUCAGCCCUCGUCGUCGACACUAGCGUCCACCACUGCAGCAAGUAUUAUGCCAAGAGCUGUUCCUCAAGCUCGGAAGGCAUCCCUUGCCCGAUUCUUGGAGAAAAGGAAAGAAAGGGUGACGACUACGGCGCCAUAUCCAUCAGCCAAGAGCCCGAUGGAGAGCAGCGACACGGUCGGAAGCGCCAACGACAACAACAGCAAGUCCUCAUCGUGCACAGAGAUCGCCUUCUCAAGCAACCAUGAAGAGUCGCUGCGCCUAGGCCGGCCCAGGAACAUCAGCUUUAGCGGGGAGUCCCCGAGUACAAAAUUACACAUCUGAUCCGAUAUGAUCUUCCGGUUGUCCAUAGAUUCAACCACGAUGGCUGAUGCAAAACCGCAAUAAGAAGAUUUUGCAUCCAGCCAGGCAGGCAGGCAGGCAGGCAGGAGGAGGGAAGGGAUAUUGGGAAAAGGCAGGCAGCAUGAUAUAUGUUAUUGAUGAUGUUGUUAUUCUUGUUUAUGAUGUGUUUUGUUUUGGUUAGCUCGCAACCUGUAAUGCUGGCCUAGCUGGUGCAACACCCCACCUAACUAACAAGGGAGCUGUCGCUUGCAGACUCUUGAUUGUUAUUUUUUUGCUUUGCCCCCGCGCCCAUUGUAUUGCAGAAGAAAGAAACAUGUUGAUUUAGCAGUAUGAAAAUUAUAGGCUUACAAAUUUCCACCA